AUUCGCCUCCCUGCUACAGUGUCGUCUUCAAGCUUGGACAGAGCCCGUGCAGCCACCGAGCCGUGUGUGCCGCUGCCGAUUCCUCCGCCCGAUUCGCCCGUUCCUCUCGUCCGUUUCUUGAAUUAGUUGAGGGGAAAUAUUCCUCCUAUCUUCCUCUUCCUUUUGCCCCAAGGAAUCAUAUUUUAUCCCUUUGAAUUCGACGCGAGGUUGGAUUCGUUUUUGAGUUUAUCUCUCCACCAAACCCUAGGUUUUCUCGGCGCGAUUCCUUGCGUUCCAAGCCCGAUCUCUCUCUCCCGUGGCUAUAAAUGAACCCCCAGCUCUCCUCUUUCGUUUCCAACCUCUAGCUCGAGCUCCCGUGCCCUAGCCGCCUCUCUCCGCGAGCGCCUUCUCUCUCCGUCGCCGGUAGCCGCUCCAGCCGCUCUGUUCGUCGUCGUCCAUCGUCGUAUUCGGUCGCCGCUGCGGCCUUUGGGUUCGAAAAAAGGAGAAGAAGACCGGCCUCCACCUCCGCGAAGCCGAAAGCCAUCGGAGCACCGUCGUCACCGUGAAGCCGAUCUAUUAUAUCUUCAGCCGAGCCGCAACGCCGUUGCCGUCUUCGCUGGUCCUGGCCGAAGCCUCCAUUGGCAUCGUAGAAGCAAGGAGAAGCCCGUCCACCCCUCUGUUGCUGCUGCUCGUCGCCGGAACGCCGCUGUCAUCGUCGACCAGUAACUCGUCGCCCUUCGGAGUUCGUCGCCGGCCGUCUCCCGUCGUCGUUCGUCGUCGUGCCGCCCCUCACUUGUCGUUUCCGUCGUUGCGAAGGUUCAUGAGUGCGUCGGAAGAGAUUCAGAAGACUAAUUGAAGACCGAUUAUUGCAAGGUCUGAGCGGCGCAACCGUGGAACACCGUGUUGCCCAGGUGAUGAUUAGCGGAAUAGCGGUCCCACGAUGGCAAGCAACGUCCCCACCCCUCUUUGCGAGAGGGAGGCGGCUGAGCGUGAAGCCGCGAUCAACGCUCUCCCCUUGACUGACGUCAUCGGGCCGCUCGUGGACCAUCAAACGGUGGCUUUGUUGAAGGAGGACGUUGCCCGGGAGGCGUCCGAUGCGGCUGUUGCCACUGCUGCUGCAACGACCAGCGGCGGCAAGGUUCCGAAGACGGGGAGGAAAUUUUCCUCCGUGCUCGGCAACCACCGGAAGAUGCCCACUCCAUCGAUUCCGAGGGAAUUGUUGAGUCGAUUGAGGAGCAGGGAUAGCAAGACUGCGAUCAAGUGGAUAGCAAUGAAGUCGAAGAGGAUCCCUAUGCUUAUCUUCAGGAGGAUGCGGAAGAUGGCGGCGCUUAGUAGGUCUUAGUUACGGUCGUUGCCUGUGGCAAUGGUGUCGCCGCUGCCUUGUCUCCGCUGCUUAUCUAUUUUCUACUUUUGGAUGUAUUCCGGACCAUUUGGUCCUAUGUUCUAAGACUGCCUGCGGGCCUAUGAUGUAAUAAUUCGCGCUAGACAAUCUUUGUAUGCGCACUUGAUAUUUCAGCAAUGUAAUCGUGAGUACCAGACUACUUGAUCCAGGGAAAUGGUACUAUUAACACGAGUGAUUCCUGUUAUAAAAA